GGGCGAGCCGCCGCCGGGGCGCCGCAGUGGGGCGGCGCGGCAACUCCGCGAAGUUUUGCGGGCCGCCGCUGCCGUGGAGCAUGAACCACCUGGCCCUGUGGUGUAGCGCUGUUGUUCACAAGCAAGGCUACCUCCAGGCUCGAGUUCCUCGCUGAUCGUGGAUAAGCCAGCUGUAUAGAAGCCGUAUAGAAGUAUAGAGCAGAGGUGUGCUUUUAAGAAGAGUAUUGACCAUGAGGAAACGCACAUGUUAGGCUGUUUUUACUAAUCCUACUGAAGAAAAUGAAGCUAUAUUUCAGCUUUGCAGAGCCUUUUCCCAUCACUGUUGGCUGAAUGAGAAAUGGUCGUGAGAUUAUGCUGACAUCCCAGCAUGCAUUUGGUAGACCUGUGGUUAACGCGUUCCCUCUCCAUGUGUCUGCUCUUACAAAGUUUUGUCCUCAUGAUACUGUGCUUUCAUUCUGCCAGUAUGUGCCCAAAAGGCUGCCUUUGUUCUCACUCGGGAGGUUUAAACGUCAGCUGUAGCAAUGCAAACCUCAAGGAAAUACCCAGAGAUCUUCCUCCAGAAACAGUCUUACUUUAUUUGGACUCCAAUCAGAUAACCUCUAUCCCCAAUGAAAUUUUUAAGGACUUGCAUCAACUGAGAGUCCUCAAUUUAUCAAAAAAUGGGAUUGAAUUUAUAGAUGAACAUGCCUUUAAAGGGGUGGCAGAAACCUUGCAGACUCUGGAUUUGUCUGACAACCGGAUUCAAAGCGUGCACAAAAAUGCUUUCAACAACUUAAAGGCCAGAGCCAGAAUUGCAAACAACCCUUGGCACUGUGACUGCACGCUGCAGCAGGUGUUGAGGAGCAUGGCGUCCAACCACGAGACCGCCAACAACGUCAUCUGUAAGACGUCUGUGUUAGACGAACACGCUGGGAGGCCCUUCCUCAACGCAGCCAACGAUGCUGACCUCUGUAACCUUCCUAAAAAGACUACCGAUUACGCCAUGCUGGUCACCAUGUUUGGCUGGUUCACCAUGGUGAUCUCAUACGUGGUUUAUUACGUGCGACAAAAUCAAGAGGAUGCAAGGAGGCACCUUGAGUACUUGAAAUCCCUGCCAAGCAGGCAAAAGAAACCAGACGAAGCUGAUGACAUUAGCACUGUGGUAUAGUAUUCUGAACACAAUGACUGCCUUUGUGAUGGAAAUUAGGUUUGGAGGACACUAAAACCAGAGGUUUACUUCUAAUGUUCAUUGUAAUCGUUAAGACUUUUUUUUUCUUUUUUUUCAGUUUAACUGAAUUACGCCACUGUUGAGCUUUCUAACAGAGAGUCUUGUUUGGGCGGUAUACUUUAAUUGUUUCUCUGGUGAUAUCCUAAAGCAAGUGAAUUGAUAUGUAAAACAUUAGUUUAGAUCCAUUCCACUAUUUAAUAA